UUUCACCUUCUAUAAACUCAGCUAACACUUUUAGUGUAUUAUUUGCUUAUUGUUCAACACACAAUCAAGAAAAUAUCAACAUAUUGCUAUUCAUUAAUGCAGCAUUUGAUGGACAACACAGUAACUCACAAUGUUACUCACAAAGAGACCCACAAAGAGACCAGAGACAAUGAUGACAAGCAGGUGGUCGCAGAGAUCAUGGCAAGAAGCUUUAUUCCAACUCUGAUAACGACUGUUUCUUGGGAAGGCUUUUACUUUGCUGGUCAUGAGAUUCAGAUUACUGAAGGCAAAGAUUGUUAUGGUGCAUUUGUUUGGCCAUCGGCCCUUGUUCUAUGCUAUUUUCUGGAAACACAUGCCAAACAAUAUAACAUGGUUGAUAAAAAUGUGAUUGAAAUUGGAGCUGGGACAGGGCUUGUCUCCAUUGUGGCAAGUUUACUUGGUGCUCGUGUGAUUGCUACAGACUUACCUGAAUUACUUGGAAACCUGCAAUAUAAUGUUUCAAGAAACACCAAAAUGAAAUGCAAGCAUUUGCCUCAGGUCAAAGAAUUAUCCUGGGGAGUAGAUUUAGACAGGAAUUUUCCCAGGUCUUCCAAUAACUUUGACUACAUCCUGGCAGCAGAUGUUGUCUACGCCCAUCCAUUCCUGGAGGAGCUUCUCAUGACUUUUGACCACCUCUGCAGAGAAACUACUGUUAUACUCUGGGCUAUGAGAUUCAGGCUGGAGAAAGAAAAUAAGUUUGUAGAUAAAUUUAAGGAACUGUUUGACCUGGAAGAAAUUUCUAGUUUUCCUAGCCUGAAUAUUAAGUUGUACAAAGCUAUGAAAAAAAAUCGGAGGAGUGCAUAGUGCAUUGUGACUGUGAAUGAGGACAUGAGCAUGCUAAGGUAGUUUUUUAGUAAAUAGUUACUUUAAAGAACACACACUCUAUUAUGAGAGUAAAAGUAACUCUAAACCGACCUUGUUGGAGGCAAGGAUUUUUACGUACACACAGUAGGUGUAGGAUUAAGAUCAUUUGUUCCCAAGUCUGCCUGCUCAGCCCUCUAAUUACAUAGUAACACAAACUUUCAGCAGCAACACAUUAUUCUCAUUGCAAAAUGGCAAUUUUCAAUAAUGAUAUUUCUAACUGAAUGUUAUUAAUUGUAUUUCUUUUUGAAAAAUAUAGCUUAGAUUGGCCUUGAACUUGAAAUCUUACCUCAGCCUCCUUGAGUGUUAGCACUACAUGUAUGUACUACCAUUCCCAUCCAUGUUGUUAAUCCUUUUAAGUGUAGGUUUAAAUGAUUAUAUCUUUAGAAAUCCAGAAAGUGUCUAUAGUGCAAAUAAAUCUGAAAAGGCAGAUAUAUGAUGUAAUGGUUAGUUUUAGGUGUCUGUGGUUCCCACCAGUCCAAGCUUAGAGGUGGGCUGCCAUCUCUGUUUGGCAGUUUGGACCUCUGGCAUAACUACUGAAUAAACCAAAUAUGUGCAUCUGAGGUUUUGGGCAAGAAUAUUUUUCUUUAAUAGAUAGAAUGUAUGGAUGGAAAGAGAUCA